AUUACCUCACUAUGCGGACAUACGCACUGGGACAAUCCAAGUAUAAUCCUGUUGAAAGGGGCAUAGCAACACUAUUCGGAAAAUUGGCAAGUAUUACUCUACCAAUUGAUCACUUUGGGACACAUCUAGAUACACAAG